GCUAAUUCACGGGAUUCUGCACUGUUGUUGGGAAUUGGUAGACGAAGACUAGCUAAUGUUGUGCUUGUUUUCAGACUCUUGAGCUACAUGUUCAUUUGGUUUGGUUACCAAGGAGGAUUUUGAAGUGUUGAAAUGGUUUGGCACUGCUACUUAUGAUUUCCGUUUGGUAAACUUUGAACUUCCAUCCUUGUCCGCCAUUUUGUUUAGUCGAAUCGGCUAGAAGGACGUGCGCGUGUUUACAAGUGUUUUGGCACAGAUAUCGCCAUUUUACAAUCACGCUAGCUGAGGAAUGGACAUAUUCCGCCAUAAACACUGCUUUUGCAGUUCUGUGUACAACAUGAAUGGCGGUAAAUUGUUAUGAACAAGACCAAUGAGCUAUGAAUGAAUCUGUGGAAAACGGGGAGGAUGGAGGUGAAGGGCUGCUUGAUGUAGGGGAUAGUCAUGACCAUGGAAGCAAUUCGAAAAAAUACAAGCCCUCACGAAACUUGAGUGAGAAGAAGAGACGUGACAAGCUUAAUAUUUACAUAAGUGAAUUAGCAGCCAUGGUUCCAUCUUGUGCAAGUUCACAGCGCAAGCUUGAUAAAACCACUGUGCUCAAAAUGACAGUUGCCUACAUGAAAGUUCAUAAUGAUUUAACAAUGUCUGUCCUUGGAAAUGAAUCUGGAUUAAUGUCCUCUUUUCUAUCUAGUGAAGAAAUUGGUGAACUAUUAGACAAAGCUCUGAAUGGCUUCUUACUGGUGUUAUCUACCAAUGGGAACUUUGUUUAUGUGUCUAAAAGCAUUGAAGAUCUUAGUGGCCUCAAGAAGGAAGAACUGAUCGGCAAGAGUAUAUUUGAGAUUGUUCAUCCAGAUGAUAAAGAAGCAAUGGUCAGAGAAAUUCAUCGUCAAGACAUAAAACAUUCUACAGGAUUCAAUUCUCAUUCUGAUCAGCUGGAGCUAACAGGAAAUGCCACCUCACUCCAGAGUAUGGUGGAAAGCAAGCCAUCUCGUCGCACCUUUAACUUCCGCAUGUUAGUGAGAGGAAAAGAUGGUGAGCCCAGUGGCAAUGAAGAUGUUUUCUGUGUUGGCUACAUUGACCAGUGGACGAAGAAAGAAGCUGAGCAUCAGAAGCAACGGAUACUGGCAACCAGUGAUAAUUCACUAUCUAAUGCCCUCACUCCUAUUGGCGGAACAGUCAACCCAUUUUUUCUGGUGGGUGUCGGCAUUAUGUCCAGUCCCAGUUUCACGCGUGUUGUGGAGUGCGAAUGUGAUGACAGUAAUUUUACAUCUCGGCACAGUCUUGAUGGAAAGUUCCUUUUUGUUGAUCCACGGUCAAUCUCCAUCACAGGUUACAUGCCAUUUGAGGUCCUUGGUACAUCAGUUUAUGACUAUAUUCACGAAGAUGAUUUGACAGUUUACGCUAAAGCGCACGAAGCACUUAUGGAAUACGGUGAGGGAAAAACUGGCUUUUACCGCAUUUUGAGCAAAGGGUACCAGUGGAUAUGGGCGGCAACAAGGAGUUACAUUUCCUUUAAUCACUGGAAUUCCAAGCCUGAAAUAUACUGCAGUAAUACGAAAGUAAUAAGUGCUGCGGAGGGUGAAAAGUCACUAAGAGUCAGAGAAAAGGAAAUGGAAAUUUUGAAAGCUAGUCAGGAAAGUCACCAGUCGCGAUUCUCUCAAUAUAAAGCUCCCUUGAAGUGUAACAGCCCUCAUGAAGCCAAUGCAUUGGUUCUGGCCAAGUGGGCAGCGGAUGAGUUGAACUCAACGUCCCUGCCGUUAGAACAAACUGAUAGCGGCGAAAACCCUGGCGGGGACCAGAAUGCUCUGGGAACGAACAAGCAAGAUGUGGCUCUGUUUGGCCGUGCGGACGACAGGAGGUCUGGGGCUGAAUCACAAGCUGGUGAUAGCGAAACCGACACGAGGGAUAUGGACCAAGACUCGUUUGAUCUUCCCUCAACUGUUGAUGAACUUGAGCGCUUCCGAGAGGCUCAGCGCCUUCUUCAAAAUCAACUUCUGGAGAAGCACUCCUUGUUAUUGAAAGCCGUGGCUCGACAGAAACAGCAGCUACAAGAAAUCCAGCAGCACAUGAUACUUAACCUUCAGUCGCAGCUGUUUGUAGAUCCAGUCAAACUACAAGAAACGUGCUCGGGUUACUUUGAGAGGAACAAGGACUUGUCCGAGAGGCAUGAAGUGCAGGAGCAGGCUCUCGAAUCCAUCAGUCGGAAGCUUGAAGCACAGAUGCAAACAGCUGAACGCAGAUAUCAGCGCCAUUUUAAGUUGCUCAUGGAGAAGAAAGCCGAGGAGCAACAGAUGGCGGCCGAGCAAAGCAUUCCCCAAAGUUCCGAAACUUUUAUUGACACCGCUGUGUCAUUAGGGGGACAACAGCAGGCUCAGCUUGAGAAUGAAGAUGUUGUUGUGGAGGACAUCGAUCCAUUAAACUCAAGACAACGACGUGAAUUGCAACGGGAGCAAACUUCAUCUCCGCUUCAGUUGUUGCCAAUAGACAAUCAGAUUGAUCUGCAGCAGCAAGCACAUAUUGAAGAUGUGCAAAGCAACGUAACAAUGUUAAAGCGUAGAAUGACCAGCCCCUCAAAUCAGGGGAAUCAAAAGGUCAUGCGCGUAGACUCAAACGCGAAACAAAUGUGGCCGCAAUCGUUGCCAUCAGGCGCGCGACCGGAGCUGCAACAACCACAAGCUAUCGUGGCAGCGUCAAGACCUUGGCAGCCCAGCAGUGCUGGUCAAGCAGUGACAAAUGAAGGGUUUGUCCAGGCAAUUCCCGCAGUUAAUAACCGUGGAUCAGUUACGGUUACGACCAACGUCACUUCCGCUCCUUUGCCAGUGCCGCGACAGGUCGGUAUACGACCAAACCAGUCCUCGCACGGCCAACAGAGUGUUCAGUCCCAGCCUUCUAGUUACACGCCCGGUGUUCCCGUGUCGGCCCAGGCCGUUUUGCAGCAUUACUCUACGUCUCCACAAUUGAAUACUCCAUCGCAUAUGAAUGGAGGAAUUGUGGCCAUGUUAGGACAAAGCCCUGGAGCUUUCCAAGGGUCAGGUGACAAGACCGGUUUAGGAUUUGCAGCGCCGCAAAUUGCAACAGCUUCGGCUGAUCCCCUUCAACAGCAGCAGUCGCAACAAAGCUCUCAAAUGAACGCAUCUAUUGUUCAAACUGUGGAGCAACUAUUAACGAACUCUACUCAAAACCAGCAGAUAAUGCAGGUGUUAUUGACUGUGCUCUCGGCGCUUCAGAGUCAGCCGCAAGUUGCGGCGUCAUUGAUAACAUUGUUGAAGCAGAUCCAAGAUGGUCAGCAACAAGGACAAGGUGAAGUUCCCUCUCCUGUCCAGCCAGCCCCACCUCAGUUCCCUGUUGGCUUGGGAACCCAGGGACAAUCUACCUCACAGCUUUGCACUACUGCCCCACAACCUCUGUACUCCUAUGGUAAUGAGGUAACUUUCCAACAGCAGCAGCAGCAGCAACAGCAGCAGCCUACGCCACCUUCAAUGCUGCCGAAUCAGCAAAGAAUUCCUCAGCAGCCGCCAAGAUCGCGGCCGACCGUUCCGCUGCAACAUCCUCGGCAGGACGCGACAGGUCUAGGUAUGACCCGGGUGAGUUCCACAACCACAAGUUACAGCUUCGCUCUACAACAACAGCAGCAACAACAACAAAAGCAACAGCAAAAACAACAACAACAACAACAACAACAACAGCGUCAACAACAACAGCAAGAACAGCAGCGGCAGCAGCAACGGCAAAUCGCUAGGAAUUCGGCUAUGACCAACCUAGGAGCAUCCCAAAUCUCGUCUUCAACGAUCACGUCUACGAUGAAUUUUAUGCCAUAUGAGAACAUGGCCUCCACUUCAACUGGUGUGACGUCCGUGGCAGCAGUCCGAGAUUUUGACCUGUUAGAAAAAAAGAAAACUUCAAAGUCCAAAGGAGAUUAUUUCUCGAACUUUUCGUCGGAUGAAUUGCGCGCGAUGUUGAUGGAUGCUCCCGGAGCAAUGUCCAACAAUGAAAGCCCGACAAACUUGGCUGUUGAUAAGCAGGAGAAGAAACUCGAGGACGAGGAACUACUUUAUAAUCCACUACUUACGCAACAGCAGCAGCUCUUACAGUUACACCAGGAACAAAGGCGUCAACUUCUUCUCCAGCAACAAGAGCAACGAUUACUGAUGUUCGAGGAGCAGAAACGGAGAGAGGAAGCCGGCCAACAGCAAACAGCAACUUCGCCUGCAACGUCUAAUUUCAGUUCGAGUGGGCUCCGCGCCAUGCUAUCUGAUGAUCCGCGGGAAGGAAGUUCGCGACAAAUAGGUGACCAGAAUGUUCAGGAUGGUGGACCAUCAUUUUCAGGAUGGUCUGAAACAAAUUAUAGUUUGGGCGAAGCUGAUGAACAAGUUCUGGGCUUAUUACUGGCCGAGUCAGCUUUCGAUCCCCUGUUAGACAAUAUAGACUGGGGAGAUGACUCUUACACAGGAGAAAUUAACUUAAAUCCUGAUUAGAACUUGCUCUAAGUCUAUCAAGGAUGACUGGAAGGUGAACGCUGUGAAUUAUGGGCUGUGUCACCGAGCGAAGCAGAGGAGGAGACCGAGGGAUUCUGCAUUCAUUCUGAGACGCAAAGUAAAAACGUUGUAGUUUUAUCUUGAAGAUGUUUUGAUUUUACGUGCAAGUAUUAGUAGUAGUAAAGUAGUAACGAUGGGAUUACUAUUCAGAACAGCUGAAAGAUAGGAUGGAAUGUUUAUUUUGUUUAGUCCUUUAUAGUUGGUCGCAUGUGUCUAAAAUCGGUGUAUCGAAAUAAUGGAGGUUGGUGUGUUUGUGUGCCUAAGUUCUUCCUUCAUUUUGGUCUACUUGGCCCAUGUUAACGUUUCAAGUUUUGAAGCUGCCAUGCUUUAUUACUUCUCUAUCCAAAAUUCGUGUAGUAGUCAAUUUUACGAUUUCCAUUUCUUCAACUAGAGCGAGAGACAUCAUCCGCGGAAAGAGAUAGUUGUUGAUCAAGGGAAAGGCUUGUUUAGACAGAAAAGAAAACCUAUACAGAGGUAGUAACACUCGUUAAGGUUGUUGUUAUGUCGGUUUUUUCACAAGAGUUCUUUCUAGGACUCCCCCCAUGUGGGCGAUAGCAUUUUACAAAAGGGUUGAAACUGUCUUUGUACUGAACCGCGUGAGCUUGGAUUGGAAUGACUCCGAAGUAGAUAUAUUUAGCGCGGAAUUCUCGAUCAAAAUCAGUUAAGCCAAUAUGUCUUCAGAGCAUUGCCUUUGUCUUCCUUUGCACUGGACAAUUCGAAUUUGUAAACAGCCACUUUAGGACAAAAUGCCGUGGUCCUGAUAUCAAAUAUCGUUAAUGUGUUAUUUAAUCCCUGUUCCUCAUUGGCUGACAAUUAUCACGUGAUUGGUUGUACUUGGAGGACGUUUGUUCACUUAAGUCGAGGUCAGUUAAACUGUCAUUACUUUUUGCUGCACGUGAUGAAGUAUGAUCAAUGAGGAACUGGAAACAAUUUCAAACUUCACAAACCGGAGAUUUCGCCCGUGAAAUACUUAGCCGACACCGUCAUUUAGCUUUCGGGGCAGUCUCCUAUACAGAUGAACAUACUUACAGUUAAAUUGCUCUCUACGGGAGCUCCUCUCUCUGUUAAUAUGAUCAACAAUAAUUCCCCCUCUGACGCUUCUCGUGCAUUCUCAAUAUACCAAAAUAGAAAUUAUGAAAUGUAAUUUUUUUAAUCAGCUUGGGGUAACGCAUGGAUGAGCAAACUGUACCCCCAAAGUUAAUAAUUUGAAUUGCUAGCUUGAUACUGGCAUCUUUAAUUUUAAAAAUAAAGGUUCUUGAAAGAGA